AUGGAGCCGCUGCUGGGCUAUAUGCCUACCACUACCACCUAUCCCUUUACAUUUUGCAACAUCGCCAUGUCUUCCAUUGCCAAACCCCUGGUGGACCAAGGUCCCGAUUUUUCCGCCUUUCAGCGCCUAGUCAGAUCACUAUUCCCCGGAGCCCAGGCCCAGAAUAUACGGAUGCUGGAGGGCUCUGUAUAUCCAAUCCAUUUCCUCCAGAUGUCAAAUGGCCUGGAACUAGUCCUCAAGACCCGCCCGAUAUCAGCUACGCCAAUCCUCCGGAACGAACGAUAUCUCCUGGAAACCGAAGCUACGGUUCUUUCGCUACUGUGGCAGAGAGGGAUAGACGGAAUCCCCCAGCCUUUGAAAGUCGACAUUCCCCACUAUCCCCCGCGAACAGGGUACCUUUUGAGAAACUCGAUCAAAGGGGUAGCCCUCUCGGAGAUCAGCUUUCCCUUGACUUCAGACGACCGAAAAUCCAUUGAUCGGCAGCUGGGGGCUGUCGUCAGAUCUAUUGGACGGCAGACUGCAUCUCAGUUUGGGCUUGUGCACAGCGUCGCAUCGGGCGUGGGCUGGCGGACCUGGAAGCAAGCCUUCUUAUCCUUAUUCGACUCUCUCAUGUGGGAUUCGGAAAACGCGUUCAUAUCAUUGCCCUAUCCCGAAAUUAGGCAGCAUGCAAUACGACUUUCUGCUGCACUCGACGAUGUCGUGGUACCGCACUUGGUGGUGGUUGAUAUCGGAAAACCAUCACACAUUAUCCUCGAUCCCAACACGAAACAGGUAUCCGGGAUCGUGGACUUUACCAGUGCUUUAUGGGGGGAUCCUUUGAUGGCUGAUGUCUUUGGCUCCCCUUCUCCCGAAUUCCUUCACGGCUUCGGAUCCGACCUGAUGGACGUAAAGUCCGCUCCUAUUCGAUUAUUAUUAUAUUCCUGCUAUCGCAGCGUCCUCAAAAUAGCACGGCAAUAUUACCGAAAUCGGGAAGGCGACGAAGAACUAGCGGCUCGCCGAGUAUUAACAGCUCAACUUGCAACUUUAUCAACUUUAGAAUACCCCUGA